AUGAUGAAAGGAUACCUGCAAAGCAAGGGAUGGCGUGUGCAACGUGACCGGAUAAGAUGUUCACUGCUGAGAACAGAUCCAAUUGGUCUAAUGCAACGUUGGCAAAAAGCUAUAAAACGGCGUUCAUACAACGUGAAAUAUCCUCGCUCCCUGUGGCACAUUGAUGGGAACCACAAACUUAUUAGGUAUGAUUUUGGUUGCCUACAAUUGGAGCAAGGUCAUGCCACCCUAAAAUUUGCCAAUUAAUUAACUGCAGCAAAAUAAAAAUUGUAUACCACUGAUACCUUAUUGGACAUUUUUAAUCCCCACUCUGUAAUUUACCGCUUGGUUUGGCUUUGGGUUGUAUAAAUAUCCAUGAUUUACAAGGGAAAAUUGUAAACUAAAUGUUUGUUUUAUGCCCUAUUUUACUUAAUAUUAAUGACCUUUCACCCCCGUUAAAUAAGUUUGUCUAACUUCUAUUUUAACAACAGUCCCUAUCAUUCUAUUAAAAGAGGUUUCCUUCUUGUUUUAGUUGGAGAAUUGUGGUACAUGGAGGAAUAGAUGGCUAUUCCAGAAUGCCUAUAUUCUUGAAAGCAUCCGACAACAACAGGGCAGAAACUGUUCUGCAAUUGUUUCUUGAAAGUGUUGCAGAAUUCGGACUUCCGUCAAGGGUACGUUCAGAUAAAGGUGGGGAAAACGUAGAUGUUGCUGCGUACAUGCUGUCGCACCAACAACGUGGGCCUGGACGAGGAAGCAUGAUUACAGGUUUGUGUUAAUUUUAUUCAGUCAAUAUAGUUGCCCUUUAUAGAUUAAAUCAUCUGGCGCUAUACAGGGUAAUGUGACGAAGUAUAGGGUGCAUUAUGACACAAUGCUACUUGCAAAGUUACACAAGUCAAAUUUAUUUUACUUUUCGUAGAGUAUGUAGUGAAACUUGUGACUUGGUACAUAUAGUAUGUUACCUAACUUAUCUGUACAAUACCAAACAAGCAAUCAAUGUUCUAGGUAAAAGCACUCAUAAUCAGCGGAUUGAGAGACUUUGGCGAGAUGUGUUUGAUGGUUGUCUCAGUUUGUUUUAUGACUGUUCACUUCAAUGGAAGAACAAGGAUUUUUGAACAGAGAUGACGAAACACACAUAUGGUGUUUGCAUUAUAUUUUCCUGCCUAUUAUUAAUCAGCAUAUAAAGAACUGGAGAGAUGCAUGGAUCCAUCAUCCAAUUCGAACAGAGAAAAACAGAACCCCAUUUCAGCUCUGGGUAACUGGAUUGCAGCUGGCAAGAAGAGUUCAAGCACAUAAUAUUGUUGAACCAAUGGAGGUACUGUACACACCAACUGAUACUUGUUACAGUAGUAGAAAUACCAAUGAUGAUACAAGAUAAUACUAAUUUUCAAGAUAAUCAUAAAAUUUAUUAAUUUCUUGAAAACAGUUAUUUUUAUCAUGAAAAUUUAAUUUGAUUUUAGGAGCAUUAUGAAUAUUAUGGCGUUGACUGGCAUGGACCAAUACCUGACUAA